GCCUGUGACUUCACGUAAUUGGAAGAUCAGGCGCGAAGCUGGUUUGAACUGGAUGCUGGGAUUCCACUUCCUCUUUCUGCACAACGCCAUUUUAACGCAAUAGAGGUGCAUCAGAAACAUGGCUACACAACAACAGGGCACAGAUGAACCAACCUUCAAACUGGUUUUGGUGGGUGAUGGAGGUGUAGGUAAAACCACAUUUGUAAAAAGGCAUCUGACAGGAGAAUUUGAAAAGAAAUAUGUAGCCACUUUAGGUGUAGAAGUCCAUCCUUUAUUAUUUCAUACAAACAGAGGACCCAUCAAAUUCAAUGUUUGGGACACAGCUGGUCAGGAGAAAUUUGGAGGAUUAAGAGAUGGAUAUUAUAUUCAAGGUCAGUGCGCAAUCAUCAUGUUUGACGUAACAGCUCGUGUAACAUACAAAAAUGUCCCCAACUGGCAUCGAGAUCUUGUCAGGGUUUGUGAAAACAUCCCAAUGGUACUCUGUGGUAACAAAGUAGACAUCAAAGACAGAAAAGUUAAAGCAAAAGCAAUUGUUUUUCACAGAAAGAAGAAUAUCCAGUACUAUGAUAUCAGUGCAAAAAGCAACUACAACUUUGAAAAGCCUUUCCUGUACCUAGCUAGAAAGCUUGUGGGAGAUCCCAACUUAGAGUUUGUUGCCAUGCCAGCUUUACAACCUCCAGAGGUAACAAUGGAUCCAUCAAUUGCCAAACAAUAUGAGAGGGAACUAGAGAUGGCUCAAGCAACUGCUCUCCCUGAAGAUGAUGAGGAUAUAUAAACCAUAGCUGAUAGUUGCUGAGUGCUUGUGUUAGUGUGGAGUGAAGACCAGGAUUGGCCACUGAAUGCAUAGUGAUCAUUAACAUCAUUUUUAUUGGACGGUCUGUUGUAUAGAAGUGCUGUUAUUGACUGCUACCUAUUGUGAAACCUUCAGAUAUUGACUGAGGCAGCAGUUGAUCUUUGCAUUGCAGGGGUCAGUCGAUGGUGUCGAGGCCUGGAGCUCCCCAGCCAUUCUCAUCAGUUUGCUAUAUUAUCUUCUAUUGUUUCAUCAGUGAUCUGUCUCUUUGAGCACUGAUCAAAACACAUCUUCAUUCUUUAUAAACUGGAGAGCUUUAUAUCAGAACAAUAAAUUUGUAACUGCUUUAAUGUCUGUGACAUUAGACCUGCUACUAAGAACUAUCAUGUCUAUGAAGUGUGGGGUGAUAGCAAGUGCAUUGCUGUCAAUAAAGAAUUCAUUCAAAAUGUUUAUUUACCUCAAGUUUGUACAUAAAAGUAUGAGAGUUUGCACUUAAUGCAAAAGUGUAUAUGACGUUUUAAAAGCAGCAGUUGAUUAAAUGGGAAUUAUCAGUCUUAAACAUAUUUCUAAGGUAAUAUAUUCAAGUUCUAUAAAAACCAAAUGUGUGGGAAAAGAAUAUUUAGUCUGUGCAUAAAUGCUACUAGUAUAGGUGCAUUCCUGAAGUUGGUCUGAAUUACAUGUUGCUACAGAAGUUGGUAGGUUUUACUGAAAAGGUGAAAGUUGGACGUUUAACAACAGAUAAAUGUCGGUUGUGUAAAUGCGUAAACAGUACAUGUUAUUUAUCUUCACGUUAUGCUCAAAAUUGGGAGGGAUUUUUGAUCUACCCUGAUGUUGGGUUGUUUGGCAAACACUGCUUCUAAAAAUUUAUCUGAGCAGCUACACUUCAGAAUUUGUUAAUAAAAUUGAAAUUGAAAGUGUG